AGGCCUUUUUUCUUUUUUUUUUUUAUAUCAGAGAAACUUUGUCCCUCUAAAAGUUUUUUUGAUGCUGAUUUUCAAGACAUCUUUUAUUUCCACAGCGCUUUGUUAUAGCUGUAACAAGUUGUAACAAAGCAUUGUGGCAAGUCCUACUUUUUCUGUUUUUGAAAGGUGCUGACCUUUAAAAGCUUACGCAAUAAGGAUUUUACAAUGGCUUGUAAACUAUAGCUAUGAAGGUUCAGAAAAAAAAUUCCACCAGCCUAAUUCACAAAUAUGAUCAAUCUCCUAUACUAUUAACAAAUAAAAAAAUUUUUUUUAACUGCGAGUUCUAAAGCACCAGCAUUAAAAACUCAAACAUAUUGACUGCUAUAAACUAAAAAAAUAAAAAAUCUGAAAUAAAAAAAAACCUUUUUUUUUUUUCCACUACAUUUGCAAAAAAAGUUCAUUUUGCUGUGUUUUUUUUUAAAAUAGUGCAACUACUGACCUUUUUCAAAGCUCGGGCUCAGCGCAGGCAAUGACCAUGCACUUGCUUGCCUUGGCUGCUUUCUUCACCUGCUACCAAGGCGCAUCAUACCUCAUGCAUCACAGUCAAAGACUUGAAAGUGGCGCUCGCCAGUCCUUGGCUGCAAUCGUGUUGGCGUGCAGGCGCUGCCGUGUUGACGUGAUCCGGCAUUGUGUACAUAUCGCUGGCGUCGGGUUGAAGCCUCCCAUGCCCAAGUUUGGAAACCUUCAAUGUGGUUGUCAAGUGUUGAAUCGCUGGCGUCGGGUUGAAGCCUCCCAUGCCCAAGUUUGGAAACCUUCAAUGUGGUUGUCAAGUGUUGAAAAUGGCUUGUCGGUGAACACGCAGUUUUAAUGGUGGAAACAUUUUUGGGGCUCCUGAGAAGUGAUGGUUCGGGGAGUACGAGGGUUCCGCCCGACGCCAGCGAUAUUGUAGUAAGAUCCGGCGACCAGAGAGGAUGGAUGCUUGCCAUGUAGCCAAAUUGGGCUGAGGAGAGAAAGGACAGAAAGACAUCCACCAGACAGAAGGUAAAAGACAACAAGCUAGAGCUAAACUUUUGGGCUUUUUCCUCUGGAGUUCACACAAAAGCAAAAAGCCUUUGUCUUGGGUCAGCUCAUGACAUUAUGUAAAGAAUUAUAUAAGGAAUCAGACUGUUUUUUUUCUUUCAGCCACUGCUUGUGCAUACAAAGGUCUUUUUGCAAAUAACACAUCUUGAGUCACUCGGCCCGGCCCAAGUUCUAGGCCGACGCGACCCGGUGAAUAAGUUGUUAGCGUCACUGCUAUAAAGUUAGCAUGGGACGCUCUGCCGAAUUGGCCGACGAGUGCAGCGAGCCGGCCUUGCGCCUGCACCAAGACCACCAUACACCAGCAUGUUUUUUUAUUCCGGAGCAGCAGCAAUCGGAAGCCACGAUGAUUACGGCCUCAUACGGCGGCGAGAAGCCUCUGGUGAUUCGCAUCUCCUUCACCACGUGCGCCCUGGUCAUCGUCUGCCUGCCGCUGCUGGGCCUGCUCAGUUGUGUUAUCAUCUCGUCCGUCUUUCACUUUGAGGACUCAACCUAUACGCACUGCCAGGUUCCCAACUACCUGCCGUCCAUCAGCGCCUCCAUCAGCCUGAGCCCAGAGUGCCACAUCUGGCGCCUGUGUGUGGGCCUACACUCGGCGCCCCGCUUGCUGGUGGCCUUCACCUACUUCAAGUUCUACAAGGUCCGCUUUGCUUCCCGCCUGCCCGAGAGCUCGCUGGCCUACCUCAGCCUGGCUUUCUCCAUCUCCGAGAACCUCGGCCUGCUGCUACUCACCUAUGUGUCGUCCAACGAGACUUACUUUGUCCACAAGGAAGGCUUCAUCCUCUUCAUUCUCAGCUCAUUCGUCUACAUGAUCAUAACGUGUCGUCUGUGGAAGGCCAUCAAGACGUAUUCGUUGAAUCCCGAGGAUGCUCGAUCCCAUCACUGGAAAGUGAGUCUGCUAAUCCUCAAUUUGAGUUUCUGUGCUUUUGCGGGAUUGUUCUACGUCAAACACAACUUGUACUGCGAGUCGGGCAGUUACACAUUGUUUGCCCUGUUUGAGUAUCUCAUCGUCUUCUCCAACAUGGCCUUCCACCUGACGGCGGCGUGGGACUUCAAGAGCCGCGAGGUGAUGGUCAUUUCCUGCUCUGAGCCUAAGGGCUUCUAAAUAGAGAGCCCCCGAGGACUCUGGGAAGACCGGCGUCCAUGACCGGGGUUGUGGAGGAAGAUGGCAAAUGAAUAAUUCGCACACGUGAGAUGACAUAAAGCACAUGCACGGAGGUUGGAGGCCGGAUGGCAGCACGCCGAGACGCUUCAACGUUGCGCAUCCCGCUGCUUAACUAGUGACGUGCAUGAAGAUGGCUUGUUUGUUUUGCUUACAUCUGCAGACAGACUCGUAAUAAGUCAAACAUCAACAGCUGAUUUGAUCACAAUGUGCCAAGGUGAUAGUUCUUCCGUGAAGCUAAAAAAAAAAAAAAGACAAAAAGCAUCAUAACUCUACUGCAGAGCAGCAAGCACAAUGUUAUUGUCAAUUCUGGAGCUGCCAUGAAUGUAUUGAUUCUCAAAUAGGAGAAGAGCAUUGUUUGGAAAUAAUAAAAAAAAUCAUUAAAAAGAAUGGAGACAAUAA